AUGCCCUUGGUCGCCUCCGUUUACGAGCUGGCCCCUGCUGACUCCAUGCAAGACAGCUGCCCCAGCACCGAACCCACCUGCAAGCUGGCCGAGAAAGAAGCGGAGCUCGGGGCCGCUGCAGCCGUGUCUCCUGCCCAACUGGCUGCAGCUGACUGGGGACCUCAGACUGGACCAGCCAAGGAGACCAGGAGCAACGGGCUGGCUAAAGGGAAGCUGCCAGCCCCUCCGCGGCCACCCAAGCAGGUGGUGACAGACACAACAGAGCCGGUCUCUUACAAAGGGACAGAGGCCACGCCGGCGCAAGCAAAGGGCGCGGGAACCAGCAGUGGCCCCAAGGCGGCCCGGGCCAACGAUCCGAGCCAUCCCCACUUCGGGGGCAGCACCCGAACAGCCAUGACCAACAGCCUACGCAGCCUCAUGAACUCUAGAGUGGGUCAGCUCUUCCUCCGCAGCGUGGACAGAGCGCUGGACAAGUCGGAAGAGCUGAUGAAUCGGUAUCUGCCCCUGACGGAGAAGGAGCUAGCUGCACUCACAAUGGAGGGGCUGGACGCCUCCGCAGCAGAACACCGCAAGAAGGGCUGCUUUGUGCGGCUGGGGUCCCUGUCCACCAGUCUGCGGAACCGGGCCUUCAUGCUGAUCUUGAAUAAGCUGAGACAGACCAGGCAGAACACCCAUGAGAACCUCUCUCAGCUCCACCAGACUAUCGGCCUGAUUGAACACAUCCAGCAAGAGAAGAAGCUUCCCGGCAGCAAGGAGAAACUGCAUGGUAUGUGGGAACAGUGGAGCCAGAAGCAGGAAGUGGGCAAACCUCACGUCACUAACUCUUCCUUUGCUAUCUCACGGCAGGUGGAGUCCAAGACCUUGGAGAUGUCCCGUAGCCUGACGCAGCAGCUGCAAGCUACGUACCUGAACCUCUUAUCCAAUGUCAGAGGCCUUCCCACACAUCUCCAGGAAAAGAUGCAGCAAGUGCAUCAGAACAUGGCGGAGCUGCACGGGUACUUCUCCUCCGCCAACUCCUUCCAGGACUUGUCCAGCAACGUCCUAAGCCAGAGCCGGGAGAAGGUGGCCAACGCUUGGGAGGCCUUGGAUGAAGUGAUGGAUUUUUUGUUGCAGAACCCUCCUGUAACGUGGCUUGUGGAAUCCUUGGUUUCCCUUGAAGGGGAGCUGCUGGAGACAGAGGAGAAGCCGGAUAUAUUGAAAGUCCUGAAACACUACGAGCCACAGGACUGCAAAGAUGACUAG